UUUGACAAGGACAGAAUGUUCACAUGUUGUUGUUGUUGAAGAAAUGCAUCAAAUUUGGGACGUUAAAGAAAUGCAAUUGUAUCACGACGAUGUCAGCAAAUAAGAUAAAGACUGUUCUAAUUGAUCUGAGUGGAACAAUUCACGUUGAUGAUGAGGACAUUUCUGGUUCAAAAAAAUCUCUCAUGAGGUUGAGAAGACAAAAUGUAAAUAUUAAAUUUGUUACAAACACAACUAAGGAAUCACAGAAAUGUUUACUGAACAGACUUACUGGUAUAGGGUUUGACAUCAAACCAAGUGAGAUAUUUACCUCACUGACAGCAGCCAGACAUGUUAUAGAGCAGAGAAAUCUUAGACCAUUCAUGAUGGUGGAUGAUAGAGCAUUGGAAGAUUUUGAGGGAAUACAAACAGAUAAUCCAAAUGCUGUGUUAAUUGGUCUGGCACCAGACAAAUUUAACUAUAAGACAAUGAAUACAGCCUUCAGAUUAAUCCAAGAUGGGUGUCCUUUGAUAGCUAUCCACAAAGCCAGAUAUUAUAAAAAAACAGAUGAAUUAGCUCUUGGACCAGGUCCAUUUGUAACAGCUUUAGAAUAUGCUACGGAUACAACAGCACACAUUGUAGGUAAACCUCAAGCUAGUUUCUUCUUGUCAUCUGUGGAAGAAUUCAACUGUAGGCCAGAAGAAUGUGUUAUGAUUGGAGAUGAUGUGAGGGAUGAUAUUGAUGGUGCUCAAAAGACUGGUAUGCUAGGAAUUCUGGUGAGAACAGGAAAGUAUAGAAUUGGAGAUGAAAACAAGAUCAACCCUAAACCAUUUAAAGUUGUUGAUGAUUUCCAGCAAGCUGUUGAAGUAAUUGUUUAUGAACUGAUGUGAUCAUAUUGGACAGUAUCAUGAUUUGAUAUACAGUAUCAGUUGUUAUUAACUGACCAUUAGGAUCAGCCUUCAACCAUCAAAAGUUGUUGAUCAUUUCCAGAAAGCCAUUGGUGUAAUUGUUAAUGAACUGUUAUGAUCAUAUUGGACAGUGCUAUCAUUUUAAUAUACAGUGUCUGAUGUUCUGAACUGACCAUUCAGACCAACCCUUAAUGUUUAAAGUUGAUGAUAUAUUCAAGCAAGCCAUUGGUUUAAUUGUAAAUGAACUGCUGUGAUAUUAUUGGACAGUACUGUGUUUUUUAUAGACAGCAUCUUGUGUGCAGUUGAACAUGUUAAGGUGGUACCUAACACUACAGGGAGAUAACUCUGUAAAAAUCAGUUAGACGUUUUAAUCACGUUGUAUUGUUAAGGAAAUAUUAAGCUUCUCAAUGAUCAAAAUUAGUGUUUGUCAAACUGCUAUAUAACCAAUGAAAUUUUUCUGAUAAAGUGGUUGGUUGAAAUUUUUUGAAAUAUUUGUAUUUUUGUCAAAGGGUCAAAGUAAACAUUUUGUCAAAAUUUUAUGAAAAUUAAACGAGCCAAAUUAAUAUUAGUCAAGGUGUUGGGUACCACCUUAAAAGUAUAAAAACAAGGAUUUUGAUUAUAAGACCCAUGAUAAGAUAAAAACCAAAAGAGUUUUACAAAAGCAGAACACCCAUAAAUGACUGAAUGUAAAUUUCUUUUUAUGGAGUUGCAACCUCAUUUCUCGCUCACCUGGCUAAAGGCCAAGUGAGCUGUUCUUAAUGUUAACCGUUCUUAUCACUUGGCCUCCGACUUCCAUCAUUGUCGUCAUCAUCAUUAACUUUUACAAUAAUCAUCCUCUGAAACUACAGAGCCAAAUUUAUUCAAACUUGGCCACAAUCAUUAUUAGGGUAUCUAGUUCAAAAAUGUGUCCAAUGACCCGGCUUUCCAAUCAAACUGGCCCAUUAGACUAAAAAUAGAAUUUAAAAAAAAAAACAUCAGCAAGACAAGAGCUAGAAAUAAGUCAACAUGGUUGAAAUCGUUAGAUGACUACUUAAUGAAGUUAUUGCCCUUUAAUGACGACUUUUCCCAAUUUUUUGCAUUUUCACCUUUUAUUGUGUAGACUGAUAUACACUAUAAAUAACAAAUAUGAUCAGCAAGAUAAUAUCUACCAAUAAUUCAUCAUGAGUGAAAUCUUUAACCAGCUUGUUAAUGGAGUAUAUGCCCUUUUAAGAUGAU